GGCCCCGCCUCCCGAGCGCCGAGGCCCCGUCGGCGGCUGCGUCCGCGACCCCGCGGUCUCGGUCUUUCUUCCACCAUGCCGCUCUACGAGGGCCUGGGGAGCGGCGGGGAGAAGACGGCGGUAGUAAUCGACCUGGGAGAGGCCUUCACCAAGUGUGGAUUUGCUGGAGAAACUGGUCCAAGAUGUAUAAUUCCUAGUGUGAUAAAAAGAGCUGGGAUGCCUAAGCCUAUCAAAGUUGUUCAGUACAAUAUCAAUACAGAAGAAUUAUAUUCCUACCUAAAGGAAUUCAUCCACAUACUGUAUUUUAGGCAUCUAUUGGUGAAUCCCAGAGACCGCCGAGUUGUGGUUAUCGAGUCGGUAUUAUGUCCUUCCCACUUCAGAGAGACACUCACUCGUGUUCUUUUCAAAUAUUUUGAGGUUCCAUCUGUCUUGCUUGCUCCAAGUCAUCUAAUGGCUCUUCUGACACUUGGGAUUAAUUCUGCCAUGGUCCUGGAUUGUGGAUAUAGGGAGAGCCUGGUGUUACCUAUAUACGAAGGAAUCCCAGUACUGAAUUGUUGGGGAGCACUCCCCCUAGGAGGAAAAGCUCUUCACAAGGAGUUGGAAACGCAACUAUUGGAACAAUGUACUGUUGACACAGGUGCCGCUAAAGAACAGAACCUUCCUUCAGUGAUGGGUUCAGUUCCAGAAGGUGUCUUAGAAGAUAUUAAAGUGCGUACUUGCUUUGUAAGUGAACUGAAGCGUGGAUUGAAAAUUCAAGCAGCAAAAUUUAAUAUUGAUGGGAAUAAUGAGCGUCCCUCGCCACCUCCAAAUGUUGACUAUCCAUUAGAUGGUGAGAAGAUUUUGCAUGUACUUGGAUCAAUCAGAGACUCCGUUGUGGAAAUUCUUUUUGAGCAAGAUAAUGAAGAGAAGUCAGUUGCCACAUUAAUACUGGAUUCCCUUAUACAGUGCCCAAUAGACACCAGGAAGCAACUAGCAGAGAAUUUGGUAGUCAUCGGUGGCACGUCUAUAUUGCCAGGAUUUCUCCACAGAUUGCUUGCAGAAAUAAGGUAUUUGGUAGAAAAACCAAAAUAUAAAAAAGUGCUUGGCACCAAGACAUUCCGAAUUCAUACUCCACCUGCAAAGGCUAAUUGUGUGGCCUGGUUAGGAGGGGCUAUUUUUGGAGCAUUGCAAGAUAUACUUGGGAGCCGUUCUGUUUCAAAGGAAUAUUAUAAUCAGGUGGGCCGCAUACCGGAUUGGUGUUCUUUCAAUAACCCACCUUUGGAAAUGAUGUUUGAUGUCGGGAAAGCUCAGCCACCUCUGAUGAAGAGAGCAUUUUCCACCGAGAAAUAAAUGUUUGACUAGAAAUCAACUUGCUUCAUUUCAAAUAUUAAAUCAGUUACAAGCAAAUUGUAUAAAGUAUGUAAGAGGCUUUGUUAUGGAUGACCAUAGUGGAAGUGAAAGCAUUUACUCUUUGCAUUAAUAUUUCAUUCAUUUGACUCUUUCUCUGGUGUAGUGGUGAAAUGGUAGCUAAUGCUUAUGAGAUUUGCUGUAUUUAUAUCAAUAAAAUAUAGUAAAGCAGUUUAACUUUG